CAUUAAAUUCACCACCUCAGUGUAGUCCUACUUCACCAUUUUCUGCUCACACACACCAUUCUUUUCACACUUUUAUAUAACCUCUUCAAACCUAGGGCUAUAGCUAGCUAGAGCCUAUAGCUUUGUGAUCCCUUUCAUCUUUGUUUCUUUUUUGAUUUUUGAUAUAAUACCAAAACUGUUCUUUGUGUUUUCCCAUUGGUUUGUACUAGCUAGUGCCUUGACACAAUCAUGGGGCAUCACUCUUGCUGCAACAAGCAGAAGGUCAAAAGAGGGCUUUGGUCACCUGAAGAAGAUGAAAAGCUCAUCAACUACAUCACUACCUAUGGACAUGGUUGUUGGAGUUCUGUCCCAAAACUUGCAGGACUUCAAAGGUGUGGAAAGAGUUGCAGAUUAAGAUGGAUAAAUUAUCUAAGACCUGAUUUGAAACGUGGAAGCUUCUCUCCUCAAGAAGCAGCCCUCAUCAUAGAACUUCAUAGUAUUCUAGGCAACAGGUGGGCUCAAAUUGCCAAGCACCUACCAGGAAGAACAGAUAAUGAGGUGAAGAACUUUUGGAAUUCCAGCAUAAAGAAGAAGCUACUUUCUCAUGAUGUUGUUCCUUCUAUAUCCUCCACAUUUUCUGAUUUUCAUGGACCAGGCAAUGGCUCCUUGGAAAGUUUCUUCCCUUUAACUGAUCACAACCCUAUGAUCCUAAACCCCCACCAUAAUCACCUUGACCAGCUAUACCUUCCCUUUCCACCGCCAAUCCUACCAAGUUUUGAUCAGAAUGAGAAUAUCAAGAUAGACAUUAACAAUUACAAUGCCAAUUUCCUACAUAUUCAGAAUCCAAUGCCACAAUCAGUACCAAUAUCCAAUAUUCCAUCUUCUUUUGAAGAUACAUGGUCAUUGGUUCAUCUUAACCCAACUCAAGAAAACCAAAUUGCCAAAAGUGACACCACCCCACAUUACAUUAUUGAGAACUACAUCAAUCCAAGUACAUGGCAGCACUAUGAAAGUCAGUUGGUGGAACCAAUUCUGCCAAACAUCUGUGAGGAAAUUAAGGAUAAAGUUUUUAGCCAAUCAUUUUCUUCUGCUUCACAAGAAUAUGAGGCUCUUGCAAAAGUUCAGUGUUUUACACCUGCCAAUUGUGCACAAGAUCAAAUUGUAGCAGUCAAUCAAGUGGAGGACAUUGGUGCCCUUAUGCCAUCGUUGCCAUCCUCAACAACAUCUUCAUCACCAGCAGCAUCAUUCUAUCAAGCAGACAAAGUACUCACAAAACCUACCAUUCCUUCAACUUGGGAGUCUUGAACUUUUUCUUUUUGUUUAAUACAGGCAUCCUCCUCAGAGUCAAUUCUGUUCAAGCUGAAGUAUCUAUAUUUUGGUGAGACUAGUUCUCCAAAUGCAGUUAUUUUUCAAACACAAGACUCAAAUCUGAAAUUCAUACACAAAACUCAUAUUUGAAACCUCAUCUGAGGGAAAUCAAUCAAACAUGUACCGAGUCUUGAACAUUAGUACUGCAUUUAUAGUAGGUUAAUUAAUAUUCUAUGUGUAUAUAAUUGAGCAGUGGGGGGAGUACCUAUAUAUCUGAUGAGAUCAAUAUUGAUUCCUUGCAUUUAAUUAUCUCUUGAACUUUUCCAAUAAGAGGGUGUGUAGAUUCCUAUUGGCAAACCUGAGCCUUGCUAGUUCAGGCUGUUUCAUUAAUCCAUGCUUGCUGCAGUUCCAUUAAUAUGGUUUGGUUCUUUCACAUGUUUGUUGACUAAAAGUAUCAGUUUGUGUAUGAUUUCUUUGAUCUUUUGUGAAGCACCGUAUAUUGUAUAACAAUUAUAUACCUAGUUUCUGUACUUUAC